AUGAAAAUAAUCAAGCUACUACUAUGCAUCCUAAUCAUAAUCAACACAUGUAAAACGAGCCACGAUGGAGAGCAGGAAAGCAGAAUAAUAUCCAGUUCGCUACUCGAAAAUGUACAGACCAUUUCGAAUCUUUUAAAAUAUGAUGGCAAUGUAAAGGUAGCCAAAAUGAACGCUGCUGUGUAUAAUACUGUAAUUGACAAACUUUCUGUUUAUAGUUACCCUGCCCUUUUUAUGUUAAAAAAAAAUGAGAAACAUCAGUACAAAGGAGUGAACCAUAUUAAAAGCAUAAUACAUUGGAUAUAUGAAUACCUUGGUGAGAGUGUAUACUCGAUUGAAAAUAAAAAUAAAUUACACACGUUCCUUCAACUGGAUGAGUAUAAUAAUUCAAUUUUAUUCUUUAUCAACAGAAAUGAGAAGGACACCCGUUUGCUAAAAGAGCUAGUACACAUAUAUACCCUAAUAGGGAAUACGUUCUGCUUCUCCAUUACUGACCCUAGUAUUAUCUCAUACUUUGAAAAUCAAGUGAUGCAAGAAAAAUAUCAUUUUAAUUUAGAAGACUUAAAAGGCAAAGACAUGUAUGGAGUUUUAUUCAAAAAUGAUGAUGUUGAUCAAUACUUUUAUUUGAUUGAUGAUAGUGUGGGCAAUUUGUACAAUCCUCAAUACUCCGUGCAGGAAAAACAACAGGAACUAACAAAAUGGUUACAGGAAAAAACCGAACCCUUGGUUAUUAAAUUCUGUGAAGAUUAUUUUCCCCUUUUUUUUUCAAAUGAUACGGUUACUUUUUUUAUCCUACACAACGAUAUAAAUGACCUCAACAAGUCAGAUAUUAUAAAGUGUGCGAAGAAGUACCCCAAUAUCACCUUUUCUGUGUCGGGGAAUAAGGAUGUGAACGAGAGGAGGCUCCUCAACGAGUUACUCAUCGAGCGGGUCCAAAAGCCGGUCAUGCGAAUCACCGAGUUCAAGAAUCACAUCACCGUUCCGUACAAGUACAAGCCCAUCAGCGACGACAUAGACAUAAAUGAGCAGAGCAUGGAUCAGUUCAUCCAAGGCUACCUCAACGAGAAGAAGCACUUUUACCGAAAGAGUGAGAGAGCGCUUCCCGACGAAUUCAACCACGGAUACAUAAAAAUAAUCGUUGCUGCCACCUACAACGAAUACGUGUUUGACAGCACCAAGCACGUUGUGGUGCUUUACUACGCGCCCUGGUGCGGCCAUUGCUACAAAUUCGAGCCUGUGUAUAGGGAAAUCGGAAAGAGACUCAAGAUAUACAGAAAACAAUUCAAGGACUAUAAGAACGACGUGGUCAUUAGCAAAAUCGACGCUGUCAACAACGAGAUAUACGACGUGCCCAUCGAAGGAUACCCCACCAUUUACCUAUACACGAAAGAGAACAAGAAGGCGCCCAUCAAAUAA